AUGUCAUCGUCGGGUCGCAGCAGCAGCAGCAGCAACACCGCCUUCUCCUCCGACCGCAGCGUCGCCAGCAGCGUCGCCAGUUGCUCCUCCGCGCGCGCCCUCCCCUCGCUCCCCCGCCCCGCCGCCGUUGAUUUCUCCGCCCCUGAUUUUGCCGCGCCUGAUACCGCCGCGCCUGAUUCUGCAGCGCCUGAUACUGUCAUUCCUGAUACCACCGUCCCUGGUUCCGCCCCGGAGUCCCCCGCGUGGGACAUCCGUGCAUCUCCCGUCGCGGGUAGCGCGGGCGUGCAGCAGGCGAGUGACGUGUUCAUCCCGUGGCCCGCCCACGUGCGCGCUGCUCUCGCUUCUCCGCAGCAACAGCAGCAGCAGGCCGUUGAGGGAGGAGUGCAGGAAGAGCAGCAGCCGUACUUCUCUCUCUUUCAGCAGCAGCAGUUAUUUGCGUUCCAGCAGCAGCAGGGCGUGCGGCGCACAGGCGACUGCGUGGGAACGUGUCUGACGUCGUUAGAGGUGCUGCUCAACCCCUACUGCGCGCGCACCACGCACCACCUGCCCCUCCACUCGCCCACUUUCUCCAUGGCGUCCAAUUCCUCCGCGCCCUCCACCAACGGCCCCACUCCGCUCGCCCCCUGGCACCACCCGCAGCAGCAGGCGCAGCAGCGGGCGCAGCAGUCGUAUCACCCGCAGCAGCAGGCCUUUCCGCCCCCCCACAGCCUCAUGCCGCCGCCCCAGCCACGCCCAUCACACCAGCAAAACCAUGUCUCUUUUCAGCUGCAGCAGCCUUCGCAGCAGCCUUCGCAGCAGCAGCAGCAGGGGGGGGGCGACAUGGGCGUGGGCAUGGACAUGGAGCUGAGCAUUCAGCUGCCCGCACGGCGCUGGCCGCCCACCCUGGCCGCCGUCACUCCCGGCAGAAGUCUCACCGCCUCCGUGCUCGGCCGCGGCCCCACCCCCAACAUUCGAACGCUGUUCAAUAUAGAGCGCAAGGCGGUGGGCGAGGGGCAGUACGGCAAGGUGUAUGUGUGCACGGAGAAGGCCACGGGCGUGCGCUACGCCUGCAAGACCAUCGCUCGCAGCUCCCUCAUCUCCGUGGAGGAUGUGGAGGAUGUGCGCAUGGAGGUGAGUGUGCUGUUCCGGCUGCAGGGGCAGCCGAACGUGGUGCGCGUGCACAGCACGUACGAGGACCGCCGCGACAUCCACAUCGUCAUGGAGCUCUGCAGCGGGGGCGAGCUCUUCGAUGAGAUCAACCGCCGCUGCGAUGAGAUGACCGUGCCCUACAGUGAGCGCGACGCGGCGAAGCUGUGCAAGGCGGUGGUGCGCGCGGUGCAUUCGUGCCACAGCAGCGGGGUGAUCCAUCGUGACCUCAAGCCCGAGAACUUCCUCUUCUCCUCCGCUGGCGCCGAUGCCGUGCUCAAGGCCGCUGACUUCGGCAUGGCUGCCUACUUCAAACCCGGCGAGGGAUUCACGCGGGUGUGUGGGAGCUGCAUGUACAUGGCGCCGGAGGUGAUCCGCAUCUGGGAGAACCUGGGCAAGCAGCGCUACGGGCCGCCCGUGGACAUCUGGGCGUGCGGCGUCAUCUUCUACAUCCUCCUCGCCGGCAACUACCCCUUCCUGCCGCAAGGCCCCGACCGGUCGGAGAGGGCGUUCAGGCGGGUGAUACUGCAGCCGCAGCGGCUGUUCCGAGAGGCGGUGUGGGGGCGCAUAUCGGCGGACGCCAAGAGCCUCAUCGCCGCCAUGCUGCACCCCGACCCCGCCCUGCGCCCCACUGCACAGCAGGUGCUCGAGCACACGUGGAUAGUGCGGGCGCCGGACGAGCCGUUGGAGAAGGACGUGGUGGACCGCUUCAAGCAGUUCCUCUACGUCAUGCGCCUCAAGAAGGUCAAGAAGGUGGCGCUCCGGGCCAUGGUGGAGGGCAUGGGGGAGGACGACAUCCGCGUGGUGCAGGGCGACUUGGGUCGCCUGGACCCCAACGCCACUGGAGUGGUGCCCAUCGAGGCGCUGCCCCACGCGCUGCACUCGCGCGGCUUCCACGGCCCUGCCGAUGCUGUCGCCAGCAUCAUCCACGAGAUCUGUCUGGACGGCAAGGUGGCGUUUGACUAUGCGGACUUCUUCGUGGCGCUGCUGCAGCUGUGCGGGGUGGAGCAGCAGGAGAACCUGUUCCAGGCCUUCUCCGUGUUCGACCAGGACCUCAGCGGCUACAUCAGCGAGGCCGAGCUGCAGCGCGCCUGUGACAAGUACCGCGUCAACCGCCAAGUGGUGCAGGAGAUGAUGGCCGAGGUCAACCGCGAUGAGGCGGGGCGGGUGGACUACAACGAGUUUGUGGCGAUGAUGCGCAUGCAGGCAGGCGGGGUGAGCCGGCGAACCAUAGAGCGCCACAUGGACAACGGCAGCAUCAAGGAGAUGGACCACGGGGGCGGUGCAUCAGGGCCGUACGAUGGGGACAGCGAUGACAUGCACAGUGAUGCCGCCUGUGCUGCUGCUGAUACCGCCAGUGUUGGCAAUGGAGGCGGGUUCUGA